CAGGGAACCCAAGGUAUUUCUCUCCCUUAAUCUCUUUUGUUUCACAGAGGUCAGCAGUCAGAGAUGUGUUUGAAGCUUCUCCCCAGAUGCCUAAGACAGGAACUCACGUGAUUAGAAUGCUUGUUUCUGAUGUUGGGUAUCGGAAGAGAUGUUCUACUUACAGGGUUCUCAGAUGUUGCAGGUUCUGGAGAACUCCCUGAGGAAGCACCUGCCUGAGACCUUAAAGGUUUAUGGGACUGUCUUCCACAUGAAUCAGGGAAACCCAUUCAAGCUCAAGGCUCUGGUGGACAAGUGGCCUGAUUUUAAUACUGUUGUUAUUCGACCUCAGGAGGAGGACAUGGAAGAUGACCUUGACCACUACACCAACACUUACCUAGUCUACUCUAAGGAUCCCGAGAAUUGUCAGAAGUUCCUCAGCUCAUCAGAAGUCAUUAACUGGAAACAACAUCUACAGAUUCAAAGUACACAGUCAAGCCUGGACAAAGUGAUAGAAAGUCUUGGAGCCAUUAACUUGGGCAAAGUCAAGCAUACACAGUGCUUUCUCUAUAUGAUACUUGAAACAGCAAAGAAACUGGCUCCUUCCUUGGUGGAUGGGAAUAACUUAGUACGCAGCAGUGACAAUCCCAAACCCAUUAAUCAAGAGUUGUUCAAACUCACCUCCCUGGAUGUGACACAUGCUGCGUUCGUGAAUAGCAUCUGGUAUUUUGGUGGCAACGAGAAAAGUCAGAAGUUCAUUGAGCGCUGUAUCCACACCUUCCCCAGCUUCUGUAUUAUGGCACCUGAGGGGAUUCCCGCAUCCUGGGGCUUGAUGGACCACACUGGAGAAUUGAGAAUGGGAGGCACCUUGCCUCAGUACCGGAACCAGGGUCUCAUUUACCAUGUUGCCCUCCACCAGAUUCAGACUCUAAAUGAUCUCGGCUUCCCCAUGUAUGCACAUGUGGAUAAAGCUAACUUCACCGUACAGAGAAUGGUUGCCAGGCUGGCUCAUGUCCCCAUGCCCUGUACUUGGAACCAGUGGAAUUUUGAGCCUCUUUGAAGCUGAAAAGAGUGAUGAGGGUACAGUCCUUGUAGAUGGAGAAACAGCUGACUGAACAGAGAGAAAUAAUAAAUGGUCAUUAGG